AUGAAAUUAAAUCAGCAAUAUGGAAGUUAUUACAUUGAUAUCUUCAAAAAAUACGAUAAUAAUACACAACAAGUACACAAUAAUAAAGCUUCCCAUUUACAAGAUGAACUUAAUAAAAGAUUUGGAGGAUCAACUCAAGUUGCUGGUCAGACACAAGACAUAAUUGCUCCAUUCGUUCCCUCAUUCAAUAUGGUUACAAUUAUACUUAACCAGAUGUUAUUAAUCUAUGAAAAUGCAAAAUAUAGCGAUAAAAAAUGUGCUGCUUUAUUAGGUUGUGUCAAAAUUGCACAAGAGGCUGUUAGAUCCUUGCAAUGUGAAUUACAGGCAAAUGAAGAAAAUUUAGAAAUUAUGACUAUCAAUAUGAUUGGUUUAAAUUUAUUUUUGCUUUGGAGAAUAUUAAGAACCAUUUAUGAUGUUGAACAAAGAGAUAUAGAAGCAAAAAAUGUAGCUAAAGAUUUUGAGAUUUUGGAAAAG